GCCAUAUGAUAGCAUACCCCAUGAUUUAGAUUUAGUUAAAGAUAUAUGCAGUGGCAAAAGACCACCAAUUCCUUUCGGUACACCAUCAUUCUAUUCAGAACUUAUGAAAGCUUGCUGGGAUGAUAAUCCUUCAAACCGACCAGGUGCUGCAGUAAUUACAAAAACUAUUUAUUCUUGGCUUGUAGACAAUUCACUUGAUAGUUGCAGGCGAAAAAAUAGCAAGAAAUCACAUUUUGGAAAGUUUCAUAACAAGAAAGUAACUCAUCCAGGUGCGAUAUAUCAUAGUCGAUUGUUGGAUUUUACGGAAGAAAUAAAAGAAAUACGACUUCGACAAUAUCUUUCGUUAAAUAUUCCGCAUUCAGUUUAUAACCAAG